CCCUAGAGUUUCUAACUAUUUACACGGCCUUCUCACCUCUUCUUGGUUCAUUUACGAAGUUGCCCUUCCCCCGUCUCUACACUAAAACGAGUAUUUACAGAAAUUGUAAAUAGCGAGUUUUGAACCCCCUUUCUCGAAAUCGAACACACUCUUCUUCUGGAGGUUUAACCAGUGGCUGCUGGCCCAUCAUGCAUAAAUUUAAUCAUCCUCUUUCAUUAUAUCUAUUAAUAUCCUUAAUAUGAAAUUUUGAAUGCGGAUUAUGUUAAUCUCAUUUCAUUUCUAAUACAUCAAAUCUUUUUUGAUAACUGAAAUUUUUAUUUUCUCUUUUCAUAACUUCAUAGUAAUCAACUUAAACCUCAUUAACAAAAAAACCUUUAAUAUGAGAACCACGAUCAGUGUAAUGUGAUAAAAGUCACAUUUAAAUUUAUCAGAGUGAACGAACUACGUGGACUUUUGAUCCCGUGUUACGGGUAUGUAGGCAAUCGAUAAGGUUCGAGUCCAACUAACCAAUUAACUUUAUCUUUAAAUUGUACGUCAGUGGACAUAUAACUAAAUUACAACUAAUAUCAUAAAAUUAUUUAAUGGUCCAGUGGAAGGCACGCCAAACCUUCCAACCAAGUUGAACUCAGAUCAGAGGUUGAUCUCGAGGUAUCUAACCAGUUUGAAAGGGGCUACGACAUGAUACAACUUCGGAAUCAAAUCUCUAGGAAUUCCUCUACAAGCAUAUAGUAAGCAUAGAGGCCUCCCUAAAUCGUCCAAAAUAAUCCCGAAACCACCCUAAAACCAUGUCGUUGCGCCGUCCGAAAGCCCUAGGUCUACCUACAUAGGGUAAUGAUGUAAUGAUAUGUGUUUGCUUAUCUAAAUGUAUGUGUGCUUGCGAUAUAUGAUAUGCGUUUUAUCUUUUACUUGUAAAACUAUGUGAUUGUAUGAAUGAAAAAUGUUUCCAAAUUUCGUAAAGAUCAUUCUCUCAAAGAUUUUCAUUCACUCAUUCACAACUUAUAAUAAAAAGACUAAAAACGCAUGCAUGAGAUGAAAAAAUAAAUUUGCAUUCAUACAUCAUUAAUAUUUUGCAUAAGCAUCAUGCAUACACCAUCAUUAAAAAAGGAAAUAAUUUGAAAAUUUUGAGAUGGUCCAGGUUUCCUUACAAUUGCUCAUCCACAAGGAAAAAGUCAAGACUUCAAGUAUCUAACUAGAUCCAAUAUCAAGUUCGUCAUGGAAGCAUUCCAGAAGGAGUUGGAUGACAUCAAAGGAGAGCUGAGAGAGUUCAACAAGAAGCUAGUAGGGUUCGAUGUGAAACUAACGGGGUUCGAUGAGAUGCAAGGGAAGGAGGUUGCAACAAAUGAGGAAGAAAUUGUAUUUGACGACGACGAUCACUAUGAGCCACCUCGGGGGCAUGCCUCGGGUAGUAAGUUUGUCCUCAUAUCUUCAAAGAACACGGGCGACAAGGGAAACAUUGGGCCAUUGAAGCAUGACAAUUAGGAGAGUCCGAGGAGAAAGACGAACAUAAGAUCGAAAAUAUGUUGGAAGAAAAAUUAGAACAUAUGAAUGAACGGAUAAGAAGCAUAGAAGGAGUUAAAUCGUAGGAGCAUAUGGAUGCAUCAAAACUAUGUCUAGUCCUAGAUGUCGUGAUUCCUCACAAAUUUCAAAUGCCAGAAUUUGAAAGGUACAAUGUACUGCAAUAAAAUGGCCAAUCACAUCCGGGAUGAAAGGAUAAUGAUACAUUGCUUCCAGAACAGCUUAAGUAGUUCUACACUAAGAUGGUAUAUGCAAUUAGAGAAAACAAAACUGAAAAGGUGGCAAGACCUAGCCGACGCAUUCAUGAGACAUUACAAGCAUAACUAGGAUCUCUCUCCAGAACGAGAGGAUCUGAGGAGUAUGGAAAAGACGGAGAAGGAGUCUUUCAAAGAGUAUGCUCAGAGGUGGAGAGAGAAAGCUGCAGACGUUCAACCUCCACUUUCAGAAAAAGGAAAUGGUGUCGAUCUUCUUUGGAACUCUAAGUGCUCCGUAUUACAACAACAUGGUUGGAAUUACCACAUCCAACUUUGCGGAUUUGCUAGUAAUCGGAGAACGAAUAGAAAAAGGUUUGAAGUAAGGUCGGAUGGAGAUUCCAGAAGCCUCUAAGAAACCAUCACCAAGCCCGAAGGGGAGAAGCAGACGUCCAUUAUGCUCCAAUAGAAUCAACCAGAGGAAGAAGGUGGGAUCAUCAACCUCAAGUCAAUCAAGUUCAUCCAUAUGUUGCAAACUCUGCCAUAAUUAAUCAACGUCCAAAAUUUCCUAGCUACUCAACGAGCCAGCCAGAGCCUGACACGAAGUUGCACCACCACCAAAUAACCAAGACCGGAAUAAUUAUGGGAGAUACAGGAAACCCAUCCAAAUCGAUUCUAUCCCUAUCACAUACACCGAACUUCUCCCUCAGCUAAUUCAGAGCAACCUAAUCUCCCCAAUACAUGUGAACCUAUGAAACCUCCUUAUCCAAAUUGGUACAAAAUAGACCAGUAUUGUGCUUACCACUCGGGAGUAGCGGGACACUCAACUGAAGAUUGCAGAUCACUCAAGAUCAAGGUCCAACAAAUCAUGGAUACUGGGUUGUUAAAAUUCGAAGAAGAGCCAAAGCGUCCAGAUGUCAUCAAUAACCCACUGCUAACUCAUGGGAAUUAGUAGGCAAACUACAAGGCAAAGCUCGGUUUAAGGAUGAUGUUGAUCCUAUUUAGUAAAUAAAAUAUCGAGAUAAUUUGCCAUAGCAAAAUAUGUAUCACUUUUGCUUUUAUCAUCAUAAAUAAAAGGUCUCUCACGUUUCGACCUCUUUGGAGCAUUGUGUUACUAUUAUCAAUCUUAGUUUAAGAGUUCAAAUCAAUGGUUUUUCAUUAUCAAAAUAACGAAUAUCGUUUCAUAUCCUUUUUAAAAACAAAUUUAUUUUCUACAAAAAUGAAAGCUACCCAAAUCCAUUUUUAUUUUCAAGUUAAGCCAUGAGAUUGUCAUGCUAAGAAAAUGUGAACACCUCACUAGUGUCGAGCGAUUAUAAACACCAUGUUGUUGUCGAUAUUUUGACCGCCCACUGGUGUUGAGAGCGUACGUUUUGCUAAAAUUGAGGAAUAAACACCCCACUGGUGUCCAUGAAUUAUGUGCGCCAAUAGCCAAAAGGCGUAACGAGUAUACGACAUCAUUCUACUUGUAGAAUCUCGUCACCACUAUAGUCGAUUUUCGCCAACAAAUUGAGACUCGGUUUACAUAAAGUAAAUAGCCAAAUCACGA